AUGGCUGGAGUUCCAGUGAGAGGAUCUGCGGUGAGCUCUUCAGCUUCGAUUCCUGAUAUUCACGGAGCGAAUUUUCGACCCCCAACUGUUGCGUACCCUGGAGGUUGCGGUGACAGACGCCGCUGCAGCUUCCGGGGUGCCCUGGGCUGGGGGUCGCGGCCGUCCUCCUCGCGUGAUGGUUAUGGGAGUCCGCACUACACUCCGCGGUGCGGGCCUGGGCUAGGCCUCACGGGAGCAGCCAGUCUCCGCGGCAGGCGGCAGCUUCUUGGUGGCCUGCUUCAGGUCUCCAUCCCUGGCCGGCUACCAGGUCCCUACUUCAGGCCACCGCUGGGCCACAGCAUCAGUACAGUUUGGCUACUCCCCAGGGCAGCAGCAGACCUACCCGCAGGAUUCUCCAAGGACCAUUUGGAUCAAGUAGAGAAAAAAAAAAAAAAAGUGUCUCAUGAGUUGGAAGUUGUUUUAAGCCUUCAAUGCUUGAAGACCUUCGGGCUGGCCUAG